GUCAUCAUCCACAAAAACCUUCAAUUAUUUCCCCCCCAUUUGUCGUCUCCCGACAAGCAUAAAUUAGAGCUUAUUAUCCCACACGCCGUUACCAAUUUGCAAAUUUUAAUUCUUGGGCAUACUAAAUCAUCGUACUCAUACUAUAUCAGAGACGCAGAUUUCCGGCAUUGCCGAUUUUUGUGGAGCUAACCGCAACUGUUUUUAACCGAAUUUUACCCUUCUUUUGAUUUCUUUGGAGGGAGCUUCUUUUCUCCCGGGGAAAAAAGAUUCAUUUUUUUCAUCUGCUCUCUAAAUUAUCCCCAACAAACAAUCCCUUUCCUUUUCCGAUUUCGUUUGUUUGUUUAUCAUGCAAAUCAUGAAGCUAGUUGCUUUGCCGUCUCGCACUGGGAGGCAUCUGCAGCGCUAUAAUAAGGGAUUUCGUCAGGUUGUUGGAUGUGUUCCAUAUAGAAUCAGAGACACCACAAAAACUCAGCUGGUCGAUGAUAUCACACUUGAUGACUUGGAGAUUCUUUUGAUCAGCUCUCAAAAGAGUACAAGACUUAUGUUCCCUAAGGGUGGAUGGGAACUCGAUGAAGAUAUCGAAUUGGCAGCUUCACGAGAGACCUUAGAGGAAGCCGGUGUAGUUGGCCUUCUAGGGGAAAAAUUGGGUGAAUGGAUUUUCAAAAGCAAAAGCCAAGAGAAGUUUCAUGAGGGAUCCAUGUUCCCAUUGUAUGUUACCGAGGAAUUGGAAAUAUGGCCAGAGAAAAACCUUCGUCAUCGUGUUUGGAUGACUGUUAAUGAAGCUCGGCAAGCUUGUGCAGCUGUGUGGAUGAAAGAAGCUUUGGAGGAAUUCGUUUGCCAGUUCACAUGCCGAUCAAGAAAAGUAGAGGUCAACCAAGACCCUCUCACAUCUUGUUUAUUAGCAUUGUAUGGCAGCGAGGAUUUAAGCUUCACAGCGCAAACUGCUGACAAGGAAGUUGAUCGCUACUUGAUAAGUUGAAGAAGUCGAUGUGCUCGAAUCUUUCACCAAAAUGGAGCUGCAACAUGAGUUGCUUGAAGAUGAGGAGUACCAGAUUGACAAAAGUGUAUAAAUUGCUAACCUUUAUUCUUCCAUUCGUGGAAGAUCUGUUGAUUCUUCAAGCUGUUGUGUUUUCGAAGUUGUUGGGAAAUUAGGGGCAAAAUCAGCAAUCAACUUCUUUGUCUGUAAAUGAGAUCUGUGAUGAAGAAAUUCAUGUUAUCAUGGAUAUAGAGCUAGGCCAUUGCAUUAUUAAUCGAUGUCCAAUGAACGUAUAUAUACUAAAAAAAAAUCCUUUGUACAUUCACUUGGAUUAUUGGAAAAUAUAUUUUAUGGUGUGUGUA